CAAAACGAACGUGAGAAAUAAAUAAAUAAAUAAACAAGAAAAAAAUAACAGGAGCAAACCAUGCACUGCUGCUUCCAUAGACUCGCAGUGGCUCAUGCAGGGUCGCUGUAGUGAGCAUGGGGUUAACUUUCCCUCACUGACUUAAUCAGUCAUUUAAGUCGCCUGUCAAGCCGAGGCUAAUCAGGCUAGCUGGCUUGUGCAGUGUUUCAUGGCGCUUUACGACAUUUAGGACGUUACUGAAGAGGAAGGCAGUGCGAAGUGCGCGAGCUGUAAGCAGCUCGGUGAAGGAUUCCAGUCAUCCGGAGCUGUUUUACUAACCUGGUUUCAAAAUUAUCGGCACCCCGUCCUGGAGAGAAGAGCAGCACUUCCUGUAAUAUCUGAGAGACACUACUGCAGAGAUCUUGCUCCACUCCUUUUUAUUCUAGGUGAAGGGGUAUACAGACGCAGUCCAGCUCAUCCAGGACUCGUAACGUCCUUCAUUGCUCCCCAUGGAGCAGUACACGCCGGCCUCAUGCACUCAACUCUGACACUCUGAGAGGAUUUCCCACCGCUUCAUUAAAUAUUUCACUCAUACCACAGAGAGCGAUAAAGAGAGAAAGAUGGGCUUUUAAAGCACAGAGGCAGCAUCUCGUGAUUGAGCUCCCCAGAGACGUUCCCGUAGAGAGCGCGGCUUGGACCAUGUGGAAGCCACACUGCUGACUCCGGGUUAUCGUUGGAAUAUUUGUGCCUGCAUGCUGGCAUCGCCCUCACACACCAGCGUGCAGAAUGGCAUCGAACGAGAGACUGUACGAGGUCUGGAUGUUGUACUGCAACAAGAGGGACCCUGAUUAUCUGAAGCUGUGGUUGGAGAUUUUCAUCAGCUCGUAUGAUCGCAGUCUGGAUGUGGACUUUGAGAAACAGCCGAUCAGGGUGGAGGAGGUGCCCCCAGUCCUGUCUCUGCUCCCUGAUAACAUCCUUCAGGUUUUACGUGUUCAGUUGCUGCAGUGCGUUCAGAAAGCUUCAGUCGGACUCGAGCAGGAACAGCAACACCUUGCUCUGCUGCUCCUCAAGUUCCUCAUCAUCAUCUGCAGGAACCUGUCUAAUGUGGAGGAAAUCGGUACCUGCUCCUACAUCAAUCAAAUCAUCACCAUGACGACGCUCUACAUCCAGCAGCUGAAGAGUAAGACUAAAGAGAAGGAGCUGGUGGAUCAGACACAGGCUGAGGAAUUUGUGCGACAUGCACUGGCUUUCUGUGAGAGUCUGUAUGAUCCAUACCACAACUGGAGACACCGCAUACACGGGCAGCAGAUCAGCACCGUGGAGAAGAGCAGACAGAAAUUUAAAGCAGCUCCUCUAACCGUCGAGUUUGUUCCUUUUUUCUACCAGUGUUUUCAGGAGAGUGAGCACUUGAAGGACAGUCUGAAGUGUUGUCUCCUCCACCUGUUUGGAUCCAUAGUUGCAGGUGGACAGCGUAAUGCUCUCCUGGCCAUCUCCCCUGCCACCAUGGAGGUGUUAUUGGGUGUAUUGAGUGCUGGAGAUUGCAUAGGGGAAGGUGAGGAUGGAGAGGAUUGGGACGGAGCCGCCCCAGAUCAGAAGGCAGUGCUCACUCUGUGCUGUCUGAGGGAGGUGGUGCACAGCCUGCUGGCCAGCAGCUCUGAUCAGAGACAGGUGGAGAUCAGCACUGUGCUUGACAGCUACUUCAAACUGCUCAACUACGACCCCAACACGGCUGGGGUCAAAGGUCACCUGGCCCCGCCCCGUUCCCACCAUUGGGAGAGCCGGUUGGUGGCACUGCAGGUGAACAUGCUCGAAACAAUACAGGACAUGUUUGAGUGUUCUGACCGGCCCGUGCUUCAGGCCAUCUUCCUCAACAGCAACUGUUUUGAGCACCUGACUCGCCUCUUACAGAACAGCAAGCUGGUAAACAUUAGGUUCGCCGCAGCAGACAAAGAACAGAAAGAUUUAACCAACAGAUUACUGACAGGAGAGAUUGAAAGCCAGGUGUUUGAAGGCAGGCUGGACUCUCUCGCCGUGGCAACGAUCAAAACCCUCACCACGGUGAUGCACAAAUCGCCAGCCGCCAAGGAAGUAUUUAAGGAGAGGAUUGGCUACACCCACUUGUAUGAGGUGCUCGUCUCUCUGGGACAGCCGUCCAGGAACCUGCUGAAGGAGCUCAUGAACAUGGCGGUGGAGGGUGAUCAUUCCUCUGUGGGUUUUUUGGGGAUCAGUAACGUGGAGCCACUCCUCCUCCUGAUCCGCUGGCUGCCGGAACUCGACUCGGCCGAGCUUCAGAUCUUCGUGGCUGAUCGACUACGGAGGAUUUGCGCCUUAAACCGGCGCACACGGGCCGCCUGCGUCAACGCGCGCAUGCCAGAGUGUGUUCUCUCCACGCUCGAGAGAGAUACUCGUCUGCCGCGUGUAUGUGCAGAGAGCCUUCUGGCCCUUCUGGGUGCUCUGGGGGCAGAGUCUCUGAGCGGUGCCGAGCUCCAGCGGCUUCUGGGCCUCCUGCGGAACCCUGAGAACCGCCCUCAUCCUUACACUGAGCCGGUGCUGCGCUCACUACUCGCUAUGCUCCGGAAACACACGCUUCACAGCGCAACACACUACUUCGACCUGACCCCGCCCAUGGCAGGUAUUGCUGUACCGACCAUUUCCAGGUGGCUAGGCUCCGCCUUCAGCUUCUUGGCCUGGCUGUCGUUGGAUCAGGACCAAUUGGAACCAGCCGGCAAGGGCGAGAAGAGGAAGCAGUUAUACAGUUUCUUCACACCAGGAGGUACAGGGUUCGAGGCCUUCAUAAGCUCCUCUGGCUCUCUGGUGGUGGCGGUGUGCAGUAAAAAGGAAUACGUCACUGUCACGCUGCCUGAUUACUGCUUCUGUGACUCACUGUGGCAUUAUAUUGGUGUUGUGCAUGUUCCUGGUAAGAGACCGUUUGGACAGAGUCUCGUCUACAUCUACGUGGAUGGGCAGCAGAAGUUGUCAGCACCGCUGAAGUACCCCAACAUGGCCGAGGUGUUCACGUCAUGCUGUAUCGGUUCGGCAGGUCAGCGCACCACCACCCCUCCCCCGUCUCAGAUCGCCGACCCCCCUCAGUCCCGCACAUCUGUCUGGGGGGGAUUGUCCAGGCUGGCUCUGAUCUCCCCGGGGACGCAGGACAGUGAGUGGGGACGACCCACAUCACUGCAGGGACACCUGAGCACUGUGAUGGUGUUUAGUGAGGCUCUGAACACCAACACCAUCAGAGCUCUGUACAACACAGGGCCAAACUGCAUUUCUCCCUUUAAAAGUCAGGAGGCGGAGCUUGGUGACCUCAGCACCAAACUCCUCCUACACUAUUCACCAAAGGCCUGUAGGAACCCAAUCUGUGUGGACCUGUCCCCUAAUCUCCUACACGGACGACUGACAGGAAAUAAAGUGGUGAACUGGGACGUCAAGGACAUCAUUAACUGUAUUGGAGGACUUCCUGUGCUUUUCCCCAUUCUGGAGCAGUUGACCUUGUUGACUCCUGAACAGCACACUAGCUCCUCAGGGUCAGAGGGCAUGACCCCUGAGUCUACCACACCCACUGAUGGAGACUGGGUCAUACUGCCUUCCAGUAGAGCCUCAGAGGCUCGUUUGGAGAAGAAUCUUGCUGCGACCUUCCUGUUGGUGUUGAAGCACUUCCUGCACAGACACACAAUAAACCAGGAGAUGCUGCUGCACACACAUGGUGUGGCCAUCCUCGCUGCCCUGCUGCAGAAGCUGCCUGCUUUUCUUGUGGAUGUGAGUGUCUUGGUCGCUGUACAGCUGUUGAUCGAGCAGGUGACAUACGAGAAUCCUCACCUCCUGCAGCAGCUGCACACACACCUGCUGUUCAACUUCAACAUCUGGAACCAAGGAGACUUUCCCCUGCGCAUCGGUCACAUCCAGUACAUGUCCACCGUCGUCAAAGACAGCAGGAAGCAGUUCAGGAAAAAAUAUGGAGUGCAGUUCCUGCUCGACACGGUCCGCCUUUACUAUAGUGGGAAUCGCGAGGGCGAUAUGAGCGAGGAUGAUGUUCGGACCAUCAGAGCAUCCCUUUGUGGCCUUCUCAAGUAUUACAUCAGCAAAGGCUCGAGUCAGGAAGAGAUACAGAGCAUUCUGGGAUACAUUGCUGCUAUCGGAGAUGAAGAGCAGUUGUGUAGUAUUUUAGAGCUGCUGCUGAAUCUUCUCCAGACGAGUGUGUCACGUGAUCAGCUUUUCCUGCUGCUGUUCGAGCCCGGAGCGGCCGAUUCCUGCUAUGCCCUGCUGCUCAAUCACAAACACUCUGACCGCCUCCGAGAGCUCAUUUUCAAGCUGUUUGAGCGCAUGCUGAGGUGUGACCGUGUGUAUGAGAAGAAUAAGCAGCGGUUGAGACUGCGAGAAGUGGGCUACUCUGGCCUUACACUCCUCUUACCCGAACAUCACAUCACCCCCACGCUAGUGAAGUGCCUCCUCAACCAAAUCCUCCACACAGACUCUGUGGUGAACUAUAAGGAUCUGAUGGCUCUCGUGCAGCUGACUCAUCGAGCUGAACUGAGUGUGCGCAUGCUCGUCUGCAAGAGGUUAUAUUCCUUGGUGCAGUCUCAGGCAGACGCAGCACUGCAGAUGUCCCAUCAGCCAUGUUGGCAGGACACCCUGAUCCGUGUGCUGGUGCGGAGCUGCAGCAGUGACUCUGGGUCCGGUUCGGGGCGGGGCGACUCGGCCAGCCUGGGCAGCAUCGGCUCGAGCCGGGCGGAACUUCCUGCUUGUGUAGAGAGUCUGGAGGAGAAUGGAGAAGUGCUGUCUCUGUCUGAAACACCCAGCGAAACCUCACAGAGCAGGGGGCUGAGUCUGGACCUGAGCCAGGUUCAUGCGCUCGAGCAGGGUGACAGCGGGAGUCAGACUCCCUCACCACUGGAGAGCACCAAGCCUUUCCCAGGUACCGCCCCCGAACGAGAAACCACUUCCUCUCUGGGAGAUGACAGCUUCCUGUUCAGCGAUAACGUCUCUUUGGGAGAGUCUUUUAACAGCACAGAGCGCACGGAGGAGGAGUUGGUGCGGAUGAUUUUGGAGAUAGUGCUGUGUGUAAUGUGGAAGGGUGUGUAUGGCUCGGAUGAUGCAGCAUGGCUGGAGAGGGGACAGGUGUUCUCUGCUCUCACCAAACUGGGCACAGCUAACGAGCUCUUGCUGCCUGUCGACCAAAUCAAACUCAGUCUGUUGGAGCGGAUGCUGGAGUGCGCUGUGAGUGAUAACCGGGAGUGUGCAGCAGCCACGUUGCCGGAGCACACGGAAAACGCGGUGCGACUGCUGCAUGUGGUGCAGGACUUCCUGCAGGCCGAGGGGCUGGUAAACCCGGCACUGUGGAGCGAGAGGCUGCUGGAAGACACGGUCACGCUGAUGGAUGGCCUCAUGGUGUGGUACACUGCUGGAACACAAUGGCUCCAGCUCUCACAGCUCGGCCUAAGGCUCUUACUCGGAUUUAUGGCCCAGCCUGACCCUCAGGUGUGCGCCAUGGCAACGGCAAAGCUGAAUGGGAUCCUUCAGAUGAAAACGGUGGAAUCUCAGGACGAGGCGUGUUUCCUGCUAGGCCGGGUUGAGUGCAUCCUUCAGCGCUCUCUUGGGGAACAGAAGGAGAUGGACAGGAGACGGAAGGAUGAAGAGGUGGUUGGGAGAAGAAGGGAAGAGGAGACAUACGUAUUCCUGGUCCCUCUGCUCCGAACGCUCCUCUCCAAAGUGCACAAGCUGCUGUACAUGGAACUGCACCUCCCCUCGCUCCCAAACUGUAAUGGUAGCCCCUCCUUCUUUGAGGACUUCCAAAUCUACUGCAGCUCACCUGAAUGGAGGGUGUACCUUGACAAAUAUAUCAUCCCGUACAUGAAGCAGUAUGAGAUCGAGACGUUCAGUCAGGGACAUGAGAACAUGGCUCUGUACUGGAAGGACUGUUAUGAAGCCUUCAUGAUGAACCUGCACCGCCAGGAGAGGGAAAGAGGCGAGAGCAAGAUCCGAUUUCAGGAUCAGUUUGUGGAGCCGUUUAGCCGGCGAGCUCGUCAGGAGAACCUGAGGUACAACAGCAUGCUGAAACAGAUGCACACGCAGAACAAUGCCAUUGUCAGGCAAUGGAAAGCAGCACGGCGAUCUCUCCUGGGUGACAGAGGACCCUGGGCUAACAGGCAGCAAAAGGAGAUGCACUGGAAGUUGUCGAGUGCGGAGAAUUACUCCCGUAUGCGUCUGAAGCUGGUGAGGAAUUACAACUUCGACCCUCACAGAGAGGCUAGCGCUCUGAGAGACAAUCUGGGUGUGCAGCAUCAGCAGGUGAACACAGAGUCUUUGUUGUUGGAGGCAGUGAAGCAAGUGAAGGUCAGUGACCUCGAGGAUGAAAUCCUGGAGCUGCCGGAGGAAGAUCCAAGCGGAAGCACACAGGCGGAUGAUGAGGAUGCGGGUCAGAAGGAGAAGUUGGUGAUGAUGGAGGACUGUGAGCUGGUCACUGUGGUAGAUGUUUAUCCUGGUCGACUGGAGAUUACCAACCAGCACAUUUACUUCUAUGACAGCAGCACCGAGAAAGAGGAGGGUGUGGGUCAGGAUUUUAAAUGGCCGCUGUCUCAGAUCAGAGAGAUUCACCUGCGCAGGUACAAUCUCCGCCGCUCAGCCCUCGAGAUCUUCCUCAUUGAUCAGACCAACUACUUCCUCAACUUCAACAAGGAGGUGCGUAAUAAAGUCUACAACCGGAUGCUGCUGCUCUGCUCUCUCCCUCUCCAUGGCACUCGCUCGCCCCAGGAGCUCCUCAAGGCCUCUGGACUCACUCAGAAAUGGGUGAACAGGGAAAUCUCAAACUUUGACUAUCUGAUGCAGUUGAACACCAUCGCAGGCAGAACCUACAACAAUCUGGCUCAGUAUCCUGUGUUCCCCUGGAUUCUGUCAGAUUACACGUCAGAAGAGCUGGACCUGUCUGACCCGCGAGUGUUCCGUGACCUCUCCAAACCUGUUGCUGUGCUUAACGAGAAAAACGCCAAAGCAGUAAAGGAAAAGUAUGAAAGUUUUGAGGACCCCACAGGUACUAUAGACCGCUUCCACUACGGCACUCAUUAUUCAAAUGCUGCAGGAGUGAUGCACUACCUCAUCAGAGUCGAGCCCUUCACCUCCCUGCACAUCCAGCUGCAGAGCGGCAGGUUUGACUGCGCAGACAGACAGUUUCACUCCAUCCCAGCCACAUGGCAGACGCUUAUGGACAACCCCAAUGAUGUUAAAGAGCUCAUCCCUGAGUUCUUCUACUUCCCAGAGUUCCUGGAGAAUCAGAACAGCUUUGACCUGGGUCGUCUGCAGAUCUCUAAGGAGCGUGUGAGCGAUGUCAUUUUGCCGAAAUGGGCCAAAUCUCCCGAGGACUUUAUUUAUAAGCAUCGCAAAGCUCUGGAAUCAGAGUAUGUCUCCGCCCACCUCCACGAGUGGAUCGAUCUAAUAUUUGGUUAUAAGCAGAGAGGCCCGGCCGCAGUUGAGGCCCUAAACGUCUUCUACUACUGCACCUAUGAAGGUGCUGUAGAUCUGGACGCCAUCACGGAUGAGAAGGAGCGGAAAGCUUUAGAGGGAAUGAUCAGUAACUUCGGACAGACGCCAUGCCAGCUGUUAAAGGAGCCUCAUCCUGUUCGUCUCUCUCUGGAGGAACUGGAGAAGAGGAAAUCCCGACUUGACACGUGUCCACUUAACAUCUUCGAACAUCUCACCGACCUCAAAUCAUUCUUCGUGGAGGGGAUCAGUGAUAACGCCGCCCUGGUGAAAGCAGUGGUCCCGAAGAACCAGUCUCACUCGUUCAUCUCUCAGGGCAGCCCGGACACGCUGGUGACCGUGAGUUACAACUGCCUGAUAGGUACUCAUGGCUGGCUCCCUUAUGACAAAAACAUCUCCAACUACUUCACCUUCAUCAAAGACCCCACUGUGGCCAAUCAGAAGACUCAGAGGUUCGUGGCUGGGCCGUUCUCUCCAGAUGUGGAUGUCUCUACUAAGCUGUUUGUUGUGUCUCAUGAUGGGAAACUUCUGUUCAGUGGAGGCCACUGGGACAACAGCCUUCGAGUCACAUCGCUGCUAAAGGGAAGGACAAUAGCACAGCACAUCCGCCACAUGGAUGUGAUAACCUGCUUGGCCACAGAUCACUGUGGGCUUCACCUGAUCUCUGGCUCCAGAGACACCACCUGCAUGGUGUGGCAGGUGCUACAACAGAGCGGGUCUCCGAUAGGUCUGAGCCCUAAACCGGUGCAGGUGCUGUAUGGACACACAGACGAGGUAGUGAGUGUGUGCAUCAGCUCGGAGUUGGACAUGGCCGUCUCAGGAGCACGGGACGGCACAGUGAUUAUCCACACAGUGAGGAGAGGACAGUUGCUGCACUCGCUGCGUCCCCCCUGUGAGAGCUCUCUGCCUGUGUGUGUCUCACACCUGGCCAUGUCCUGGGAAGGCCACGUGGUGGUACAUACCUGUGUGGAGGGCAAGGCCACGCUGAAGGAUAAGAACACGCUGCACCUGUACUCAGUGAACGGGAAGCACCUGUGCAGCGAGCCUCUGAAGGAGCAGGUGACGGAUGUGUGUGUGUCGGGAGAGUACGUCAUCACCGGCAGCGAGCAGGGCUUUCUCUCCAUCAGAGACCUGUACAGUCUGGCACUGUGUGUGUGUCCUGUGGCAAUGCGUGUGCCGAUCCGGUGUGUGUCGGUGACGAAGGAGCAGUCUCACGUGUUGCUGGGGCUGCAGGACGGAAAACUGAUCGUGGUGGGAGUGGGCAAACCAGCCGAGAUGCGUUCGGGUCAGAUCACACGGAAGCUGUGGGGCUCCAGCAGACGCAUGACUCAGAUUUCAUCCGGAGAGACGGAGUAUCCCACCCAGGAGCAGAUCUGACCCGCCCACUGCCCCGCCAUUCACCAAUCAGGAUGGAGCGAGGAAGGAAGUGUAGUGCGUACUGUUGUAUACGGUGUGGUGUACAGUUAGACGAGUGUGUUGGACUAGCGCGGGCGCUGAUGUCCAGCUGAGUGUAUUGGAUUCCAUUACUACCCCAAUCAUAUCAUCACACACACAUACACACACACCCACUCACAUUAACAUCAGUAACACCACUACAACACUGGUGUGUGUCUGUCUGUGUGUGUGUGUGUGUGUGUGUGUGUGUGUGUGUGGUAAAUAUUUCAUUUGUUUCAGUGGCCUUGUUGUAUCUUUUUGCCUUUUAUUUCUUAACACACACACAGACACACACGCACCCAUAGGAAGGCUGAUCACUGUGUGUAAGCGUGUGUGUAUAUAUGUGUGUGUGUGACUGUCUGAUUGUGUUUGAUUUGUUACUUGAAUUCUCAAUUAUUUAUUUAAAUGAAGUGGAAUCAGUGAUUUUUAACUCUACACUACAAUGAUGAAGGGCUUCAGUAGUCAUAACUCUAAUCACAAAAGCAAUAGAACCCCCCCUACAAAAGACUUCUAAUGGUACAUUCCACUCUGUAAUGCAGCGACUGACCAAUCGUCCGAGUCUUCCCGUGAUACAGCAUGAGAACUGCCACGUACACGCUGUACGCUCCGGGGGGAGGCACUGUCGCUGCCCUCGUCCUCUUUAUUCCAGUCUGAAGCCAUGCACUCAGUGUUUACUAUGCAGGAUAGCGUACUUCCACACAACUCAGUUACUGAACUUCUUUUAAAUCUUGUGCGUUCUUGUGCGUGUGUGUGUGUGUAGGAUUUGUAGGAUUUGUGAUUUUUUUUUUUCCUUUGUGGAGAUUUCCUCUUCCUUAACUGAAGGAUUGAGCUUAAUUAUAAUUAGCAAUGUUAAGAUAUAGAGACACACCGAUUCCUUUUUUUCCCCAGAUUACUCACGUCCUCACACUCGCUUUUUGCAUGUGCGAAAAAUACGUUCAGUUUAACGUGAUUUGUCAUGAUCAACUUUUCCAGACUUUUCUUAAACCACACGUCACAGGCAUACUUCCCAGUAAAAUAUUCAGGACAAUAUUCACACACAUCACCAGUCGAAAUGUUUUGUAUCAUUGGAGUUUUUUUUUUUAAAAUGUUUUUUUAAUGUUGCAGUUUUUACCACGUUGUUGAAUUCUCUAACGUGAUUGGUUGGAAGGUGUAAUACUUUAUGGUUUCUAUAGUAGCAAGUUAUGCAGGGACUUGUACAGUGGGCGCUUCACGUAAUUGAAGUCUAAUGUAAAGCGGAUUAAAGUAUGUGUUAUUUAACAAAGAAAACUGUGUAGGCGUUAGUAUAGUAAAGUUUGCUGUAAGGGGAUGUGUAAGAUUUCUGGAAGGAGUCUCCACUGUCAGUGUUUUGUAACAGUACGUUUAUGCGAUGUACGUUUACUCGAUAACAUGACAAGUUGUCGCACUUAUAAAAAAAAAAAAAAAUUAAGAGGCGCAUGAGGGAAGGACUGUUUGUUUUUGCUAUAUCGUAAGUGGUAACAGGUGCGUUCUACAACAAUAAGUGUAACUCUAAAUGGAUAAAAAGUACGACGUGGUGUUCUUUAAUAAAUAAAACAUUGUAUUCAUUGGUAAAUUGCUGUAGUGAAAUAAAACACUUCAGGAUAUGUUGUUAUAGGGAAAAUGUUGAUUAUUUUCCAGGUACAGCAUGACCCCAAGUGUUAUAUUUUUUAAUUUGGCCUUUUCCAGAUACAUCCAGAUUUUUUUUUCCCCCAUUAAAAUAAAACAUCAAACAUUUCUCAGUUCACUUAGACCUCUUUUCUUUACUUAGAUUUAGACUUAGACUUAACGUGAACAAAUUUUUUUCAAGUUUAACAAUAAAUAAAUUGAAUUAAUACGGUGUGUUCAAAAGAUUUUGACUGGCAGUUUAUAUAAAUGUUGCUAAUUGAUAUAAAUACAUAUAUUUAUACAUGUUCUCGAGCAGUGGGUGAUAUUUCUUUAAUACUGACACCAUGGAAAAUGAUCCCACAAUGCACUUUUCUAUCACACACAUUAACACACAAGUAUCACACACAUUGUUAGUAUUUCUCUAGCACCAACCGCCUUCACUGUCUCUCACAGAGACUGCAGUCAUUUUUAAACAAAGAACAACUUAUUUUUGUAGAAAUUAUAAUACCAUUGUAGAUUUUUUUUUUUUAACACUGACUGUUGCAGACACAUUUUUAAUAAAACAGGUUUCUUGCGCAGGUCUUAAAGUUGAAAAAUUAAAUGUAGUCAUUUGCAAACGUAGGAAAGUGUAACAUUUUUUUUAGAAACAUUUGGGAAAACUUUUUGGAAAAAUCGGAUAAAUUUAACAAAUCAGCACGCAAAUGAAGGUUUGCAAUCUCUCUAAUGCACUUCUUAUUUCAUUCUCUUUAUGUGCUGCACUUCAUGUCAUUUUUCUCUUUAUUAACCCUUUCAUGCAUAAAUUCCUAAAACAUAAAAACAUAUCCAAAAUCGUAGGUAUUUUUUUAUUACUUAAAAUUGAACGUCAUUUGACUUUUAAUGGAUUAGUAAAUGGUGUGUCCGUGGGUACGACUAUCAGAAAUAAUAAAAAAAAGUGUUUAUAAACAAAAUUGUUAACAUUCAGGUCAAAAAUAUUUAACGUUAAUGACCAAAAUUGUAGAAAAUAUCAUUUUUGAACAAAACAUAAGAAUAUAAUAUACAAAAUGUACGCAGUUAAGGACUGUUGCAUGAUGCAUCUGAUUUCAUUUUUAAUUAUCUUUAAUUAAAAAAAUUUCUGGUUUUAAAAAUGCUAAUGUGUUCACUGGAGUCUGAAACAAAAAAAAAUUGUAUUUAAUUUGGGAUUUUGUGUAGAAAGUUUGUAAAGGCAGUCUAAAGAGAAAAAAAUCAUGAAAAUGAUUUAUGUUAAAGUGAUUUGGAGGUGUUAUAUUUUCCUAAAAACAGCCUGUACAUACAGGAAACCAAACACCGAACUUCUGGAACUUUUAAACAGUUAAUCUGGAAAAGAAUAUUUUUUUCAUGAGAAAAGACUAAGAUCCCUUUAACUCUAAAUAUAUUUUGUAUCAUGAAGGAUCUUCUGUCAUGUCUAUAUCAUAUGAUAUUUUUGCCAACUCAUCCAGCCUUAAUGUUUACACAUUGUAUAAAUAAUAUAUGUUAAAUAUUUCAGAUCUUAGCCCUCACGUAUCUUCCAUAUCAUGUAUUUAGGAUGUUAAAACUCGGCCGUGUUUUUCAGUCUGCGUUACACAUGGCGUGUUGUGAUGAUUUUGGAUCAGUGUGUCUCUAGUCUCUUCCAUCAGAUCCUAUUAAAUGCCAAAUGCUCUAGUGACGAUGUCAGUGAGGGCGUGAUGCCGUGUGCUUCCUGUGUAAUGGGUGAUAUCAUGCUUACCCUGGGUUAAAAUAGGGCGUGUCCCAAACGCUAUACUUCGUCCUUAGAUAGUGCUGUGACAUAGUACUAAUGCACAUCGUCCCAAACCACAUGAUCUUCUGAGUUGUCCUGAAGCCCAUAUUCCUAAAUCAUUAUAACUGUGCUUAUAAAUGUAUGCUGGUUAUAAUUCCUUUUGGUAACCCUUUCUGUGAAGAUCAUCAUAUGUCUAAUAAACCAUGAACACGGUGGUCAUAUCAUGUUAUAAUGCUUUCAUAAGGAAUUAUACACAUUGUUUAAUUAUUUAUUACAAUGCAUUACACUUUAUAGAUAUCUUUUAUCAUGCAUUAUAAAUCGAUAACAUGAUGCAUUAUAAGUAGCGUUCAUAAUGUGUUAAAUCACCAAGCCCCACUUUGCAUAGUGCAUUAUGAGAAGUUAUGAUGAUGAUAUAAUGUGUUGUAAGUGUUACUUAUAACAAUUCAUAAACGCAUUAUAAGCAGCGCUACAAAUGUAAUGACGUCUCAUAAUUAAAUUGAUGUGUAUAAUAUUUUACGAAUGCAAUAUAACAUGUUAUGAAUGUAUGGCCUUCAUAGAAAGUGCUCCUGGGUUCUUUCUUUUACACUCUAAUAAUGUCUCAUAACGCUCCAGUAAUGUCCUUAAUAACGUACAGUAUAAUCAGAAGUUAUAACUGUUUAUUAUAACACCAUGUUGUGUUCUAUAUGACCUUUAUCAUUAAUAAUGGCCUGUGUAUAAAUACAAAUAUCAGUUUAAUAUUUAUUAACAGUUAUAAAGUCAUUAUGAACAUUUAAAAUAUCACAGUGCUUUUAGUAAACUUAAAUUCUUCCUAAUUAUAUUUAACAUGUAAAAGUAUCUAUUAAUCUAUUAAUAUAUACUAGUUAUUUAUUUCCCCCCUUUUUUUGUGUUGUGGAAAUUUCUGAUUAAUUACAAAAAUGAUGAGGACACACACAUGCGCUUAACCUAGGAGGGACAGGAAGUGAUCUCGUGUGUGUGUGUGUGUGUGUGUGUGUGUGUAUACGCACUUGUCCACUUUUUUGUGAUGUUUUGUCAGAUUGCUAUUAAUCUUUAAUUACAUGCGUAUUUAUAAUCCAUUUUUUAAUUGUUAAUAAAUAUUAUAGUUGCUUUUAUAUUUAUAUAAAUGUUUAUAUUUAUUCACAGGUCAUUAUUAGUUAUAAAGGUUGUCCAGGACACCACAUGGUGUUAGAUGUACAGUAUAAUGAAUAAAUAAUGCUAAUUGCGUUACAACUUUUAUUUAUUUAUCUAUUUAUUUAUGUAUUUAUUUAUAGCGCAUUGUACCACAGCAAGGUUGUUGAUUCAGAAGGUGUUGAUGAAUUCUCUGUAACAGCGUGGCUCUUAAAAAAAGUGGUUCCGCUUGUAACAUAAAUGACAGGUUUAUAUUAAUACAUUCUCGUUUCUAGUUUUCUGUAAGGAGAUAUUUAUUUAACGUUUAUGGAAGGAGUCUCCAGUGUCAGUGCUUUGUAAAAGUCAGAGGAGUUUGUGCUUUUCAGUUUCUCAGUAACGUGACAAGCUGCAAUUUUUUUGUUUGUUUGUUUGUUUUUUGUCUUCAGGAGAGGGGGAAAGAGAGGCUGGUGAGGGAGCGACUGUUUAUAGCUGUUAUAAUGCAAAUGGUAACAGAAAUGAACGUGUCUCGUAGACAUUCCACAACAUUAAAAGUAACUAUAAACAGUUACAAAAUAUGACCUGUCGUUCAUGAAUAAAUUAUAAAUCAUAAUUGUUGACAAAUUACUGUGGUAGAAGAGGAAUAAAACACUUACAGGAAAAUAAUCCACUUUGGGGUUUGUAGCUGUAACUUCAUUCCACUACACCAUCAUCUUUGAUUAUUUCUCUGUACAACAGCACGACCCUUACUUACUACUUAUGAGCCAUUACUAGAGUUUAUAAAAAUGAGUCAUUAUCAACUUAAACAGAAUUAUGUAUGAUUUAUGAGUAUGGGCUUCAGAGAAAUACGUAUGCAGUGUGUUACCAGCACAGUAGCUUUUGGGACACAGCCCUUGGGUGUUUUUUAUUUUUAUUUAUUUAAUUUUUUCUAUAUUGUGCUCAGUUGAAGUGCUUCCUGUUUCUGUAUUCGAGCUGCAAAUGGAGAUUAAGCUAAUAAACACUAAGACCAGUCAUCGUAAGCAACUUUUUAGACACCUUUUUUUUAAACAGUGAAUGUUCUUCUUACACUUGAGUCUUUUGGAUGUUUUUGAUGUUGUUGUUGUUUAUUAGCUUUUAAUUUCUUGAAAAUUCCUUUCCUAUGUUAUGAAAAUUGAGUGCCUUUUUUAAUUCCCAGACUUCCUCUCAUGAUUUAGAGCCAUGACCUGCUUGUGACCUUUCACCUCCAGCAGCAUUCCACAAAGUAAAAAAAAAAAAAAAAAAACAAGGAAAAAAAAAUCUAUUUAACAAAUCUGAUUUAGUCAUAUCAGACCUGUGAUUUAACAUCACCAAUGGAUGUGUGUGUAUAUCUGUGCUUAUAUUUAUAUAUACUGUAUGUACAGCAUGAUUAUUAUUUCUGUCUGAAUUGUAAUUUUUUUUGCACUUUCCAGGUACAACCAGUUGUGAGAGAUGAUUUUGAAAUAAAUGUCUCCCUGAUCUGUACAGAUUAAAAAGAUGCUUUGUAUGCACACUCGGAAAAUGAUUAUUAAAGUUGUGUUGAAAGUCGA